GACGACACGGUGAGUUAAUUUUAAUUGUCUCUUACUCUGCUUGUAAUCCAGUCAAUCCAAUAAAGUCAGGCUUCACUCAGAAUGCUUUGGCUUUGAACACACAGCUUUGGAAAUGUGUGUCAAGAUGCUGUGGAUGAACAUCAGGGAUGCUUUGGUCUUGUUGUGAUAAGAAUCUCAUUUUCUUUCAACAGACUCAUUUAAUACAUGGCUGACAAUUCAUCGGAUGGUGGUGAGGUAGUGUUGAACCAGAGGAAUGACCGGAUUAUUAUUGUCCAGAUUCUGAUACUGAUUUUUCUUAGCACUGAUUUGUUACUCAUUGUGACAUUUUUCAAAAAGGAAUGCUUCCACACAACUGCACGCUACAUCUUAUUUGCUGUUACACUACUGUCUGAUAGCACGUUUUUACUUCUAUCUGACAUCCUUCUUCUCAUGACCUAUUUUGAAUUUACAAUUCAAGUUUGGUUGUGUAUCAUUAUCUGCACUGUGGCAUUUCUGAAUGUGAUAGUCACACCAGUUACUCUGACAGCAAUGACCCUGGAGCGCUACGUGGCCAUUUGCAUGCCCCUCCGACAUGCAGAGCUGUGCUCCACACGCAGGACUCUGCACUGCAUCCACAUCAUUCACGGCAUCAGCUCUGUACCCUGCAUUGCUGUUCUCUCCACUUUCUUUGCAUCAGCCUCUCGUAGCAUGUACAGACAAUACAUGAUAUGCACUGUGGAAAUAUUUGUUUUGAAGGAAUGGCAGAGUCACAUUAGAUCAGCUUUACAACAGUUUUACUUCUUCAUCAUGUGCGUCAUCAUUAUAUUCUGUUAUGUUCAAAUAAUGAAAGUAGCCAAAGCAGCGUCAGGAGAGAAUAAACAAUCUUCAAGUAAAGGACUCAAAACAGUAGUUCUUCAUGCUAUCCAGCUACUGCUCUGCGUCAUCGGUUUGUGGUGCCCAUUCAUAGAAGCAGCUGUGCUUCAGGUCAGUGUUAGGUUAUUUAUUGAUGUUAGGUACUUUAACUACAUAAUGUUUACUCUUGGUCCAAAAUGUCUAAGUCCUCUCAUUUAUGGCCUCAGAGAUGAGACAUUUUUUCAUGCACUGAAAAACAAUAUCCUAUUUGGUUUGUUGAAGAGAAAUAUUUGA